UCAUGCUGCUGCCAGGUCCAGAGUCUCUCAUGGGUCCCUGUACGGCCUCCCAUUGCUGCUGUCUCCAUCGCCACACUCUGCCAUGUGCCACUUUCAGGUCUCCUCACACUGCUGGUGUGUUCCAUUUUUUGUCAUAGGGUGCUGGCAGAUUACGGGCCUCCCAUAGCUGCUGCCAGGCCCCUAAUCUGCCAUGGGCCCCUAUACCGCCUCCUCAUGCUGCUGCCAGGUCCAGAGUCUCUCAUGGGUCCCUGUACGGCCUCCCAUUGCUGCUGUCUCCAUCGCCACACUCUGCCAUGUGCCACUUUCAGGUCUCCUCACACUGCUGGUGUGUUACAUUUUUUG